AUUUAUUUACAUUUCGUACAUUAUUCGACCCACAAUCCCAAUUUUACGUGAUCUUCAUCAACAUGAACAUCUUCUCCAAGAAACCAAAUGCUAAAGGUUUGAUUUUUAAGUUCUUGAUUUCAUCAAAUUCAGUUUUUUAAAGAACCCCUUCUGUUUGAUCAUGUAAUUUCUACCUCAGAAUAAUUUUUUUAAGAACCCCUUAUGUUUGUUCAUGUAAUUUCUACCUCAGAAUAAUUUUUUUAAGAACCCCUUAUGUUUGUUCAUGUAAUUUCUACCUUAUUAUAGUUUUUUAAAGAGCCCCUUUUGUUUGUUCAUGUAAUUUCUACCUUAGAAUAGUGUUUUAAAGAGCCCCUUUUGUUUGUUCAUGUAAUUUCUACCUUAGAAUAAUUUUUUAAAGAACCCCUUUUGUUUGAUCAUGUAAUUUCUACCUUAGAAUAGUUUUUUAAAGAACCCCUUUUGUUUGAUCAUGUAAUAUCUACCUUAGAAUAGUUUUUUAAAGAACCCCUUUUGUUUGUUCAUGUUAGUUCUUAUGGGUGUUUGAUCAUUCAUAAUAUUGAGCUGUGAUUUUAUUUACUUAGUGCUAAAGUUUUUUUUGAAGAUAAUAAAUAUGGUCUGGAACUGCUAGUCAUUUUUUAGAAAAAAGAUAGGAUUUUCAUUACUUUGCUCUUUACGAAGGAUCCUUGUAUGGCCUAUGAUGGAAUAUUAUAUAUGCCGACAUUGUCUGAUCAUAUUAACUUGAUUGAGCAAUAUUAUUGUCUGAGGCCUUGUAUAGGGAUUCGAGAAGAAUAAUCUGUGACUAUGAAAUUAGCUGCUCCAGACCAUUCAUUAUUAUUGAAUAUCUGUCUUUGUUGCCAAAGCAGUUCAAGCGCAUGCUAGUUUCAUAAAGUUCUGUCCAUUAAAAACGAGACUUAUUAUUGUAAUGGUAGGUCUGUUUUUCUGUUACAAUCUGGUAUGGAUACCAUAGAGGUUGUCACUAGACGACUAUGAUCGGUUUUUAUGUUAAUCUAAGAGUGAAAUUUCGAUAUGUGGGGCAUGGGUCUUAAAGGUUCAUGUCCAAAAUAUGAAAAUAGCUUUGUUCACUUGUCCUAAACUAUCACAAGGGACCACUCAAGCACUUCCUGCUUCUUUCUAUUUUUUUGUUAUUUCAUGCUUAAUCUCAAUGGUACUUGAUUAGUUGAGUUUACUUUUAAUUGCACAGAUGGUAGCCGGUGCUUAAUUGAUAGAUAUGUUAAUGUUGGAAAAGGAUAAAAUUAUGAAUUUUAUUUAUCUUUGAGAGGCUCUUGUUGAUGCCCCUGACAUGGUGAGGAGCCAGAUGAACUUCAAGAGGCUUUCACUUACAGAUAUCAAAAUCGACAUCAAAAAGAUUCCAAAGAAGAAGACCCUGAUUGCUGAUAUGGAGGCUGCCGAUGUGAAGGGCAAGUGGGAAUCCAGUUCCUGGGGAAGGAAGUUGAUAGUGCAGAAGAGGAGGGCCUCACUUAACGAUUUUGACAGGUUUAAGCUCAUGUUGGCAAAGAUCAAGACAUUGCAGAGGGCUGGUGUGGUGAGACAGGAGCUUGCAAAGCUUAAAAAAGAGGUUGCAGCUUAAGAACGUUCUUAUUAGUGACAUUGAUUUAAAGCAAUUUUGGAAGUUGUAAUUUUGCCUUGAGGAUCAUAUCUACUCAAAACAGAAAAUCCCAAUGUUCUGUUUUUUAUUCUUUUCCUUUUUGCUUGUUUUAGACUUUCUGGGAAAUUAUUUUUCUGAUCUAUGAUGGUGAGUUGUUUGUUUCGAGGAAUGCUCAUGUGGUUAUUUCA